AUGCCUAUGUUUACGUACCCGAGCCUUCAGGAGCAACCCCAUCUGACUCGCAUGAUCCGCCUCUUGCCUCACUCGAGAAAUGAUGCCCCAAUUGAGUGCAAGCUGUUCAAUUACAACUUGUCAGAAGGAGGUGGUCGUGCCCAUAUGUAUGAGGCACUUUCAUAUUGUUGGCAAAGUAACAUUAGGUCGGAGACAGUGAUAUUAAAUGAGUGUUCUCUCUCCAUUACCAAGAAUCUCCAUACUGCACUCUCAUAUCUCCGUGAUCGCCAACUUGAGAGAAUUCUGUGGAUUGAUGCGAUUUGUAUCAACCAAGAUGAUAGCGAUGAAAAGUGCAAACAGAUUCCACUUAUGCGUAUGAUCUAUGCACAGGCUGGUCAAGUGAUUGUCUGGCUUGGAGAUGUCACAGACAAUGGUGACCAAGCAUUGAGCAAGAUUCAGCAUCUUGCAGAGGCUAGUUGUGUACAGAUGGUGUCUAACAUCGCAGAGGACUAUUACAGUUGUUUGAAAUUACUGCAACGUGAUUGGUUUCAUCGCAUUUGGGUAUGA